GGUUGGGGCUGCUGGCGGAGGUUGGCAGCGGCGCGGGCGGCGCAGGCAGCGGCGCGGGCAGCCGCGGUGGGGCCUCCCCACGUUGCCGGCGGGCGGUGAGGCGGGAGAGGAGCGCGGCCGCCGCCAUGGAGGAGCUGGACGUGGAGCCGCCGCUGAUGGUGGUGCCAGGCGCCGACCCUUCGGCCAGACAGCUCUGCUUCGCGUGGGGCCCCGCGGAGGUGCUGGUGUGCGAGACACUCUUCGGCCGCAAAGGGUCCGGGAAGGGAGGGCCGAGCUCGUCCAACGUUUUCGUGGUGCGCAAGGAUCAGGACAUUUACAUCCACACUCUGCGGAAACUCUUCAACGAGUCACACGGGAUCUUCAUCGGGCUUCAGCGGAGCGAGGAGGAGCAGGCAGGGAAGUCGAGCAAGGCGCAAUUGGUUCAAGUGAGUAAAAACUACCGAUCGGUGAUAAGAGCCUGUAUGGAGGACAUGCACCAGGCAGCCAUUUCAGCCCGGGACCCUGCCCUGCACGGCCAAUAUAGCACUCAGGUUUCUAUUCUCUCUGCAAUGGAGUUGAUCUGGAACCUGUGUGAGAUUCUGUUUGUUGAAGCAGCUGCAGCUGGUCCUCUUCUGCUUCGCCUCCUUGACUGGGUUCGACUUCACGUCUGUGAUGUGGACAACAUGGUCCGUGAGGUUCUGAGCAGUGAAAAUCCAUCCAAGCACGAGCUCUUCUGGAACGUGGUGGAUAUCUUUGUCCUGCAAGGCCGAAUGGAUGAGGCACGGCACCUGCUCUCCAAGGAAGCCAGUGCUGAUCCCACCUCACUGCACAUGUACAGAAUCAUGGAUGACUUAAUGAAGAAGAUGCCUGUACCCAGUCUUGGCAACACCCAAACACUGACUGAGAUGGAGCUGAAGUGGCAGCACUGGCACGAGGAAUGUCAGCGUUAUCUACAGAAUGGAACUUUUGCUUCCAAUUCCCACAUGGAAUCCAUCUGUAAGAUCCUGCUGGGAGAUGAGGAUGCCAUACUGGAGAAGAAGGAGCUCAUGACUACUUGGUACCACUUCCUGGUUACACGACUCCUCUAUUCCCACCCCACUGUGAAGCCCAUGGAGCUGCGGUUUUAUGCACAGUCUAGUAUGGACCUGUUCCUGGGUGGAGAAAGCAGCCCUGAGCCUCUAGACACGAUUUUAAUGGCAGCCUUUGAAUUUGAGAUCCACCAAGUAAUCAAGGAAUGCAGCAUUGCCCUGAGCAACUGGUGGUUUGUGGCUCAUCUGACUGACCUGCUGGAUCACUGUAAACUCCUGCAGUCUCACAAUCUCUAUUUUGGUUCAAACAUGCGCGAAUUCCUUCUGCUGGAGUAUGCCUCAGGACUCUUCUCCCAUCACAGCUUGUGGCAGCUGGGGGUAGAUUACUUUGACCACUGCCCAGAGUAUGGCAGAGUGUAUCUGGAGCUUCACAUUGAACGGAUCCCUCUUAACACAGAGCAGAAGGCCCUUAAAGUGCUGAGGAUCUGUGAGCAGAGGCAGAUGCAUGAGCAAGUCCGCAGCAUCUGUAAAAUCAUGGCCAUGAAGGCUCUGCGGAACAACCGCCUGGGCUCUGCCCUGUCCUGGAGCAUCAGAGCCAAGGAUGCAGCUUUUGCCACACUGAUAUCUGAUCGAUUCCUGAAGGACUAUUGUGAAAGGGGCAGCUUCUCUGACUUGGACCUCAUUGAUAAUUUGGGACCAUCCAUGCUGCUUAGUGACCGCUUAACAUUCCUUGGCAAGUACCGAGAGUUCCACCGGCUGUACGGGGAGAAGCGCUUCUCUGAAGCUGCCAGGCUGCUUCUGAUGCUGAUGACUGCUCACAUUGCGCCUUGCACCUUCUGGAUGACCCUGCUGACAGAUGCCCUUCCCCUGCUGGAGCAGAAAGAGGUCGUGUUCUCAGCAGAGCAGACUUACGAGCUGAUGCGGUGCCUGGAAGACCUGACAGCAGGGAAGUCUCAGCAGCAGAAAUUCCAGGAUGAUGACGUUGAGAACACCAAAGUGGAGAUGCUGAGACUUGCUCUUGCACGAAAUCUUGCACGAGUCAUUGUCAAAGAAGGCACAUUGGAUGGAUCCUGAAGGUGGCAGCAUGUGGUUUUUCUCCUCCUCUGUGGCUCAUUGUACAUAAACCUGACUGCUUUUCUAAGAAUAAAUGUCUUGUUUUGCA